AUGUCGCGUCGUAUGUAUGUUCGUAAUAUGAAUGGAGAGAUCUCCAAAACCUGGCGCUAUGGCAUUGCCGAGGCCAACACCAUGGGGGUGAACGUCGCGACCUUCGGUGCGACAGGGGUGCUUGGUAGCCAUAUCCACACCGUCAAUUCGAUGCAUGGGUAUACCAACAUCAUCCCAUUCCGUUUUCGAGGUGGCAUUGCGAGCGGUGCACGCCAGCUACGUGCGAUGGGGGACGGCACCAUAGGUCAGAACUUUGAAACUGACUAUGAGAUCGAUAAGGAGUUCGUCGUCAAAGCCAUCUUGGAGAAGGUGGAUAACGUGGUUAACUGCGUCGGUGCGUGGCAGGAGCCGACCAUCUACGAGAAUAGCCAGUCUUGGUUUUCAAUGGAGGCGAUCAACGUAGAGUGGCCGAGGAUGCUGGCGCGGUGGUCUCGCGAGUUGGGUAUCCUCAAACUUACCCACGUCUCCAUGGUGGGGGCGGACCUCAACAGCCCCUCAAAGCUUUUGCGGCAGAAACGUGAAGCCGAGCUGGCUGUUCUGGAAGAGUUCCCAACCGCCACGAUUAUUCGGAGCACCGACAUCUUUGCUGAGGAUGAUUUUAGCUACUCGAAAUACCUCAAGGCGCAACGCUACUGGAAGGUGGUGCCGGUUCCCAAUAAAGGUCAGCGCAUCCACCAGCCUGUGUUUGCCGGAGAUAUCGCCGAAGCCGUCGCGCGCUCGCUUUUGUUAGACCACACCGAGGGCCGCAUUGCGGAGUUAGGCGGUCCUGUCCGCUUCACCACUAACGACAUCCUGCGAUGGUGUGCGGAGUGCAAUUCGUUGAAAAAUUUUGUGGUGCCCAUGCCCACGUGGUUCUUCAGAAUUCUUUGCCACGUUAACGAGCGGUUUCCUUUUCACAAGGGCGCCCUUUUCGGCACCAAGCCGCCUACGUGGAAUAAGGAUUGGUUGGAUCGGCAAUUUAUCGACAACUGCGCGAUGCCGGAGCGAGACCCGGAGUUGUUGGACUGGGAGGACUUCGGUAUCCCACGCGAGGAUCUCUACCGUAUGGAGGAGAAGUACUUCAUAACAUCAGGUAUGUGGGCAAAGAUGCUGCCAUAUACCGACUAUGGUCACCGUCUGUAG